AUGAAGUUACCCUAUGUAUUUGCUGAAAUCAUAUCCGAAUUUCACGAGAUCCAACAUCUCUCCAAAAAUUCGCUGAAGUCAAAAAAUGUUCCGAAAAAAUCGGAUGAUCGAAAACAUUCCACAAUGAUUCAAGUGGGUGUGGUGAGUUUUUUGAAAAAAAAAUUUUUUUUUGAAAAAAACUUUGCAGGACCAGGUGCCUGUUAUUGAACAGCCCGAGGAGAAUUUGCGAAGAAAAUCUGCGCCGGAUCAAAUUUUGGAGCACCAGAAUUCUAUUCAGAAUUUGAGACCAAGAAGUGCCAGUGUUUCAUAUCGCAUUUUGAAGUGA